AGGGAGGCGGGGGAGGACCGAGCAUCACAGCCAGCGAGCGGGAGCAAAAGGAGGGGAGCUGAUGCAGAGGAGGGAUUAUAUCAACAGCGAGGGAGCUUAAACGAGGCGGUGAGAAACAGUGAGCGAGAGUGUGUGAGGGAGGAAGAUGCUGUUGCCAGGGAACAGCGCCGAAGCGGGACCAUCCAUCUUUUCCAGCUCGCAGCAUCAACACACAUAAGACUGUGACUGUGAAAUGGGCCGAACGUGAGGAGAAGAGAAACAGCUGAUCCCGAGUCCGAGCAGCAAAGAGCGUCAAGGAGAAGGCAGCUGGAGCCCGUCCUCAGGGGGAGGAUGGGUACAGCCGAGGCCACGCUACGCAUGGACAGCAUGGAGGUGAAGGACGAGUGGCAGGAUGAAGACUUCCCCAGGCCUCUGCCAGAGGAUGGUUUUACUGAUAACAGGAACAAUCCGCCCAGCAGCCUCAACGUGGGCGAGGCCCUGAGCCAGAACAAGCGCCGCACCCUGGUCGCCCCCGACAUGAACCUGUCCCUGGACCAGAGCGAGGGCUCCGUGCUGUCCGACGACCUGGACAUCAACGUGGACGACAUGGAAACGCCCGACGAGACGGACUCGCUGGAGUUCAUCAACAACGGCAACGAACUGGAGUGGGAAGAUGACACGCCCGUCGCCAGCGCCAAGCGUCUCCCGGGCGACGGCGAGGAGGAGAGGGACUCGAGCGGCCGCCUGUGGAGGACGGUGGUCAUCGGCGACCAGGAGCAGCGCAUCGACAUGCAGGUCAUCCGGCCGUUCCUCCGGGUGGUGACGCACGGAGGUUAUUACGGCGAGGGCCUGAACGCCAUCAUCGUGUUCGCAGCCUGCUACCUUCCUGACAGCAGCUGUGAGGACUACACCUACAUCAUGGAGAACCUUUUCCUCUACGUUGUGAGCAGCCUGGAGCUGCUGGUGGCAGAGGACUACAUGAUCAUUUACCUGAAUGGAGCCACUCCUCGCAGGAAGAUGCCCGGCAUCGGCUGGCUGAAGAGAUGCUACCAGAUGAUUGACAGGAAGCUUAGGAAGAACCUGAAGUGUCUCAUUAUCGCUCACCCAACGUGGUUUAUCCGGACUGUUCUCGCCAUCUCCCGGCCUUUCAUCAGUGUGAAGUUCAUGGAUAAGAUCCGCUACGUUCACACGCUGGAGGAGCUGAGCCAGCUCAUCCCCAUGGAGCACGUGCAGAUCCCCGAGUGUGUGCUGCAGUACGAUGACGACAAGAUAAAAGCACAAAAAGAAAGAAUGGAGCAACAGACCAGCUCAACAUUGUCUAAAGAAAGGCCAAAGUCAAUGCUAGCGGACGUUGGCCGUGACAUCUGACCUUAAGAGCUGUUUUUGAAGAGUGACUCCUCGUUACGACGGGAGCCGUCGUCACACGUUUGCAGCACAGGACUGAAACUCCCGACUGGACCUGUUAGAUGCAAAACCAUCAUUUACCAUGUAUUCAGUGUCAUCGAAGCAUCAUGAGCUGUAACAUGUGCUGCCUGCAUGUCACGUUAUGCAUGACUUCUGCUACAUACAAUACAUACAAUAGAGGACAACGUAUGAACUCUUCUUCAUCCUCCAGGCUGGAAAUUCCGUGUACAUAGUUGUAGAUAUGUUUUUAAAAAAAGUGGUUUGCACAGAUCAUUCAUUGUUUGUUUUAUGGCCGUCUACCAAAACAUGAUGUGCAAUGUUGACCCUCUUAGACCUACAGUAGGUGUUACUUAUGCAAGUGUGUUGCAGUUGUGGGGUUUUCUGAUAUGCAGCCAGCAUGCUGGUCCACAUCCCUCCUGUUGCUGUUGCAUGACUUUUCAUGUCAUUAGCGCGACCCGUUUUAAAAAGUACUUUUACAAGUAGGAAAGUAAAUAUUGUUACAGAUUAAAUAUAUUUAAAGCGAGAUUAUUGGUAAAAGUGUUAUUUAUGAGAAGUAAAUGUGCCAUUUAAUGUUUGUAAGAAAAUAAAUCUACUACAAAAACGA